AUGUUGAACAUCUGUCAUGCUGUGAGCAAUGAGGAUGGUGGAACGCUAACUUCUUUGACUACCGGCACUUUUCGUUCUCUAAGCGGGAAGUUUCUUACCUUCCGUGAGUUUGAGGCCUACGACUAUCCUCUAUUGGCUGACUGGAGCUGCUCCGUUUUCUGGCGAGGCUCCACCGAUCAUACUUUUGUCUGUGGCAGCCAUGUGGUGCCCAUUCGGCAGGAAGUUUCCAGUAUCUGUUCAUCCGAACAGACUGUUUAUGCAGUUGUGCCCAGUGGACAGCUUUUCACAGUAGACAAGAAAACGGGUCGUUUAAAAAUGACCAAUUUGGGGAAGAUUGUCUCUCUGAGUUGUUCUGGUCCCGCCAUCUACUGUAUCACCGAGGAACAACAUUUGUUCAGAUUAACGAAAGCGGAGUGUGAGGAAUUCUCACUCAGUCCGUUUUGUUCCAUUCCCUCGAUGAAAGUGAAAUCGGUUGCAUGUGGCUCAAACUUUCUUCUCUGUCUCAGCAUCAUUGGACAGUUAUACAGUUCCGGUUUAGGAAGUCGUGGUCAGCUUGGGCUAGGUGAUUUGGACGAUCGUCCACAGCUGACACACGUGGAAGCGCUCCAGAUGCUCGUUGUGAUUCAAGUUGCAGCUGGCGCCUGGCAUUCGGCUUGUGUUACAGACUCUGGUGACCUAUACACGUGGGGCUGGAACGAGCACGGUCAGUUAGGACACAAGUCGUUUGCCAUUCGUAAAAAGCAUGCUGAAUCAUGGAACCUUGAGGACUGCGUUUCGGUUAGUGCACUCCCCAAACCGGUGGAUAUUCCAGAAGAUAAGAUAGUAACCAAGGUCGCCUGCGGUGCCAGACAUACAGCAUGUAUCACGGAUGACGGAGAAGUCUUUGUAUUCGGGUGGAACGGAUUUGGCCAGUUAGGCCUACCAGGGACGCUGGAAGCCACCGACGUACCUUCGCAGGUCCACUUCACGCAACCGACCGGUGACCUACUAACUGUGAGUGACAUUUCUUGUGGUCAGUGGUCAACUUCUGUCAUUGUUGAAAAGAAGACGUCUAGGCCUAUUGCCUGUGCUGGCGUCGUCACAGAUUCUAUGGAAUAAAGAAAUUUG